AUGGACGCCUACAGUCGGCAGCUGAUUGGAGGGCUGACGAAGCUAGCUCGAAAUGGUCUGUGGAAGGCCUCGUUCAAAGUGCUUCGAGUGGAGCAGGCGCUCAACGCACGGAAGGUUUCAGCAGCUCAAGCAAACGGGGAGGAGUACUUAUCUUCUUGGCUGAUUGUGGAGCAAAAGGCGUACAACACGAUUCUGGCGGCGUUGAGCCGGGCCGGCAAGUGGGAAGAGGCCGUCCUGCUGCUCAAGGAGAUGGAGACGAGGGGGAUACAGAGAGAUGCCGUCAGCUAUGCCUGCCUUAUCGCCGCGUGUGGCCGGGGCAUGCAAUGGGAAAGAGCCCUGAUUUCUCUAGCGGAAAUGAGGGAUGUGGGGAUCAAGGCGAACUCCUUCGUCUACUCUGCCGCGAUCGACGCGUGCGCUAAGGGACGGCAAUGGCAGAAGGCCUUGAUUCUGCUGCGGGAUAUGGAGGUUGUCGACGGACUCCCGGCGAACUUGAUUUGCUACAAUGCGGCCGCUGACGCUUGCGGGAAGGCGGGCAGACCGGGCGAGGCACUGGCGCUGCUGGCGAAGAUGCAGAAGGUGGGCGUCAAGCCGAACGAGGUCUCGUACCUGUCUGUCAUCUCGGCGUGCUCCCGCGUGGGCGAUUGGAAGCGGGCGCUGCUGCUGCUGGACGAGAUGAUCGUCAUGGGCGUGCAGCCCGAUCUCAAGUGUUAUUGCUCGGCGAUCACGGCUUGCGGAAAAGGAGGCCGGUGGAAGCAGGCGCUGGGGCUACUCAACAUCAUGCACAAAGACGGACCGCCUCCCAAUGAUUACUGCUACAACGCCGCCAUAUCGGCCUGCGGCAAGUCCGGCCAGUGGCGUGAGGCCAAGGAGCUGCUCUCCACCAUGCGCGAUAGAGGGGUCCCGCCGGAUCUCAUCAGCUACAACUCGGCAAUCGAUGCUUGUGGAAAGGGCGGCAGGUGGGAGGAAGGUCUGAAGAUUUUCGUGGGCAUGGUGAAGGCUUCGGAGGUACCGUGGGACGCGGACAUGGGUCACCCCAAACCCCCCACCCCCGACGCUACGACUUACGGUGCCGCCAUCACCGCCUGCAGUCGGGGCAAGCAGUGGCAGAUGGCCCUUCGAUUCUUGGAAGAUAUGGAAAAGAAGGGCGUGGAGAGGACCGAAGGGGUGUUCCAGGCUACGCUCGCAGGGUGCGCUAGGAUGGGGAGGUGGAGGGAGUGCAUCGUGACGUUGGACCAGAUGCGCAAGAGUGGCCUUCAGCCACGGGCGGCGGCGUACAACUCGGUCAUCACGGCCUGUGGGCGGGGCGGGGAGUGGCAGCGGGCGAUCGCUAUUCUGAAGCAGAUGUCGUCGAGGGGGGCCACGCCGGAUGUGAUCACCCUCAACGCGGUCAUGACUUCUUGCGCUCAGUCUCAGCGUUGGAAGCAGGCGAGGGUGAUUCUCGACUUUAUGCGAGACCCCAACAACGUUGCAACGAUCGAAUGCGGAGACCUACUCUUCCCUGUCCUGGACAUCAACGGCGCAAGCACCGACCUAAAGGACCUAACGGUAGUGGUGGACGGGCUAGGACGGAAGAACGGAGAGGUUACCGUUGACGAUAGAGCCGUUGGGUUGCCCUCGACGAUGACCACCUCCAGCAGCAGUAGCAACCAAGACAAUGGUGGGGGCGCCGUGAAGCGACGGCGGACGAGGGAGGGGGGGUCUUGGCCUCCGCGCCCGGACGCGGUCAGCUUUCACACGGUCAUGAAGGCGUUAGCAACAGAGGGGAUGUGGCACGAGGCGGUGGAAUUGUUGGAGGAAAUGGUGGAAGAAAGGCGGCGGUUCCUUCGGUCCGACGAGGCCUUUCUGGAGACCACCGUGGGGGGGAGGGGGGGGCGAGGCCAGCAGCAGCAGCAGCAGCAGUGGCCGGUCAACAUCGACCGGUUUCGUGGGGUCUUCGAGAUGGAGCUCAAGAACAACGAGGUCGUCGGGCACGAGCAGCGGGGGGGCUGGUCGAAGUUCGAGGUCUCGCCUCAGGUGUCCCUGAGGGCGAAGGCCAUGGACCUGCUCAUGGUGAUGGAGAGAGAGGAGAAGGAGGCGCGCCUCAAGAGGCAGACUCUGUACGACAACAUCGCACGCCGGUAGCUGGUCUGGUUCGUUCGCUUUGGUCUAAUUACCCUGUGGGGGGUAUUGCUGGCGACCCCGGGUUGCACGUAUAGGUAACCUACGACCGUGAGACAAGCCCGCUCCGAGCCCAGGGUUACAGUACCCUUGCACGGAAGUACAACGUUAGUGCUUCAUGUCCAAGGUUGGUAUUUGAUCUGAAACGAUUGGCAAGUUGUGUUUGUCCUCUGGUUGGGGCUGGCUCGUCUCCUAGCUGUGUUUAUCUCUGCUUGGGGCUCUCUCUAUUGAGACGAGCCCGCUCUGAUCCCAUUGCUUACAGUAGUACACAAUGUUUCAUGUCCAAAUUUGGUAUUUGAUCUGAAAUGAUUGGCGAGUUAUUUUCAUGUCUGCUUGGAGCUGGCUAGCUUCAGGGCUUGUAUGCGCCGAUGUUGUCCGUGGAUGACCACGGGUUUUUUAAUUUGGUGGGGUGGGAUAUGUUCUCGACAGAGAGGAGAGGAAGAAAGACUUGUCACGGGAGCGGAUGGUCUUGGUUGCUCUGGUCGAAUCAGUGUUCCAGCUAAGGCAUGGAAUCGGCCUCCCUUCAGGCCAGGCCGACCUACGCUUGAGGUAGGCGUGAUGCGCUCAGUUUUGCACAUUUUAGUAUUUUUUUCUUGUAUGUUGCGGAUAUGUUGAGUACGGAGAAUGCCUCUUUGUGAGCAGUGGUCCUAAAUUGGCAACACAGCUUGCCUCAGAGGACUGUGGUGGUGCUCCAAGAGAGUGUCGGUAACCCUGAGUUAUUGUCAUUGUCAUAAUUCGGGA